AUGUCUUACCCCAAUAACACUAUCGACAACCGAUUUAAGGUUGGAGCGCUCUACCUGGGUUUGUGGGCGCGGGACACACCCGAGGCUACGUACCAUUGGGGAUUGUACCAUCACCGUGACAGUGCAUCAGGCUACAAAUAUCAUAUCAAGAAUGGAGCGCCCGGUUUCUGGGUUACUGAUCAUGGCAAAAGCUCCCGCUGCAUGAAAUCGAUAGCUCUUAUUGGUUUUAUGCGUAUUGGCCACUGUAUAGCCAAUGACAUAGCGAAACUAGACAAGGUCUUCGGAGGCAUGCCACUGAACCGGAUCCCACCCGGAUAUCCUGCCUUAACAUGCAAAACCUGGACGCUGCACGCUGUAGCUCUUCUCGAAGCGGCUGGCUUCGUCAUGUGCAGUGACCUGGAAGCACUUUACGCAGAGAUACUCAAAUGGGGUUCGUCAGAAUACGAGCCCACCAUGCUCAACGUUCAACCUCGCACGAUUAUCGACUCGCAAUCUUGUGUGCUAGCUUAAUUAUAACGGAGGCUAUGUUUUGCACCGGACACCCGUCUUAGGGGUUCGCGCACGCUUUGCUGUACUUCCAUCACGGUCACUUUCACUACAAAUAUU